UAUACCUGUGAUCAUUGUCAGAUUUUAUCGGCUGACGUCACACGUAACAUUUUUGCCUUCGCAAACCAGGAAGUGAAACUGUUGAACUUUAUUUUCCCAGUGAAAAUUGAUAAUUUUUACAGAUUUCCCUUGUUUUAAUACGCCGCACGUUAUAGUAUUUUUAGCAAAUCACUUCUUCCUAACAUCCGCAACAGACGCAGUUAUUACCAAACGUGCUCUCGUUUUGUCUUUGUUAUUUUCGCCCUUAGCAUUGUAAAACGGCCGACUGCCACAGCAUUUUGUGUUCUGACAGUAACAUCGAAUUAACAGGAAAAUAAAAUCUGUAAGAAACAGCUUCCUUCUUUCUCUUCAUUUUUAUGUUGCAUGUUUCGCUGACCCACGAACAUCAAAUCUUCUCAGUGUAACACAAUCGGUUAGAACUAUGUGAAAUGCGCAUUUUCUAAAAGUAUUCAGGUGAAACUAUUUAAUCGCUUGAACGACAUGACUUUAAAUAUUUGUAGUUUCUUUGUUAUUGGUUUCUAAAAGAAAAAAAUAACUCUGAUUUACGUCAUCAGAGGAAAACUAUCCAGAACUUUGAAGAAAAUUUGAUUGGUUGAAGGAAAUUUAACAAGAGCCAUUGAAAUAUAUGUGUUUGUAAAUAACUAGGCUCAGUUAAUGAAGUCAUCGAACUGAGCAGACUACAUUACCCGAAACGUUUAUCUUCGUAAACCAGGAAGUGAAAGCGUGGACUGUUUUGCUUUUUUCUUUUCCAGGUAAAAAUUGAUAUUUUUAGAGAUUUAUAUUGUUUUCAUAUUAAGAACUUUAUAUGAGCAUGGAUGACGACCUAGUAUUUUAUAUUUCUAAGGAUCAAUUUCAAAAACUCCUUGUUGAUUUUAUAAAACUCAUGGACGAUAUCAAAUCAUUUUUAGAUGUAGCUUUAUCCAAUGGUUUGCUGACUAAUAGCAAUAAAGAGAGCAUAAUGUCUGAAAGAGAUUCUAACAAUCAGAAACGACGGUUACACGAAAUCUUAGGUAAGAAACUACCGGAUGGGUCCCGUAAAUUUGUGUCGGCUUUGAAAAAGUCAAACCAUAAGGAAAUUCUCGAGCUAUUAGACGAUCCGUCAGUCUACCCGAUGAAAUUCAAACUUCAUGGUCGUGUUAUAUUAAUAAAUAAUGUGAAAUUUCCCGUUGGGAGUAAAUACAAUGAAAGGCUCGGAAGCGAAAAGGAUGUGGAAGGUAUCACGGAACUUUUCAAGGCUUUCAAUUUCGAAGUUCAACUUUAUUCUGAUAAAACGGCCGAGGAAAUGAAAAGAAUAAUUGAGAAAGCAUCGAAGGAAAGUACAGACCGUGAAGAUUGUUUCGUUAUGUUCUUGAUGUCACAUGGUGUUAGAGGGAGUAUCAUUGGAACUGAUGGUAAGGAAUUAUCUUAUUCCACUAUUAACGACGCUCUAAAGAAGAGUUCUCAGCUGAAAGACAAACCAAAACUCAUUUAUAUAAACACUUGUCAAGUUAGUUCUGAUAAGAAAAAUGAAUAUUUCAACGUUGCAGAUCUGUAUGUUGCUUUUGCCACUGUUCCCGAACACUUGGCUUUCCGAACUGAGGAAAAUGGUUCUGUUUUCAUCGAAAGUUUAAUCAGUGUUUAUGAAAAGAACAAAGAAAAGUGUGACGUCAACUCACUAUCCCCUAAAAUACAUGCUCAAAUUCCCAAGGAAUCUGGUCAGAUUUCAAGUAGUUAUAACACUUUGAAGAAAAAGGUGAUACUUCGAGCCACAAUUUAACCAAAUCCUAUCCUUAUUUUCUCUUCUUGCUCCCUACAAACACGAAGAACUUAAACAACAAUGGUAUGUACGUUAUAUGUUUCCAAACCUGCCCCCGUCCACUAUAUUCUAUGCUGAUUUGGGAUUUCACAAACUAAAUUCUUACCCUGCGUCUUCAAACAAAGUAUUUCUCACUUCGACACAAAGCCAGCAAUUUUAAGAGAGGUGCUUGUUAGACCCUGUUCUCUGCAGAACUUUAUUUUAUUUUAUUGAGCUGAUAUGCAUGACUCGAACCAAGUUCACUCAAUUUUCCACCUGUUUUUAACCCAUAAAGCGCUGGAAUUUGCAUGUCCAUAACAUCGAGCGUCGGCUGCGGGGUCACUCCGAAAAGCUCUAUCUGCGACGAUUUCAUCUCAAUCGAAGGAGAGGAGCUUUCUCCGUCCGGGUUGCUGAUCCGUGGAACAAGCUGCCAGACAAGAUGGUGAAAAU